AGACGUCGAAUCGUCGUCGCUGCUUGUAUAUCUGUCAACUCGCACGAUCGUCGAUGACUUAUGAAGCAGAUUUGAUGUAAUGAAGCCUGCAGCCAGAACUACGGUGAAUUCAGCAGUGAUUUAGAAAAUCGGUCGAAUCGAGCACGAACAUUCAUGUUGUCAAGGCAAUUUUGAAGCUGUACAUCCUGUUGUGAUCUUGAUGCAACGUUCUAUUUGAGACAUUGAUCGUCAGCAAAUUCAGCGCCCGUUGGCUGAAACUACAGUCGACCCCAACCAAGUACGAACUUUUUUCGCGAUCCUGUUUCCUGUUCUUCUACACUACUUACUACCAGUCUCUGGAUUUUUUGGCCAUUGUAUACCCUAUUCAAGUAACAUUUUUGACUUUGACGAGAUGGCCAAAACUCGGAUACUACUAGCGUAUAGAAAUCUUGCAUUCUUGCUACUGAUACCUCGUUCCUACGCUUGUAAUGUUCAUCUCCUAUAUCCACCACGGUUGGCUUGCGCAUGGAUGGGAAGUUCUGAGAACUCGCGCUAGAUUUUGUUCAAGGCAGGCCACUUCCCUGUUUUCUCUUUGAAUUCGUAGGUCCGGACCGCGACCCCAAAUCCAAGUCACGUAAAUAAAUGUUUGGUGGACUUGUGGGCAAGUAGGCAACAAAAAAAAUGUAAUCUUUACAUGUGUUCUUCACAUUGUAGGUUCGGGCCACGCCCCCGAUUCAAGUCACGUAAGACCUGUAGACACGUAGGCAACAUUCAAAAAAAACCUUUCUCGGAUUAUGUUUAAAGAUGCGACAGACUAGUUCUUUGUGUGUCGUAGGUCAGUGCCGAAUGAACUAACAUAUUAAUUCUUCAGAUCUGCAUAUCUCUUGCAGCAGCAGGGCUUCAUCAGGAUAUUUAUUGUACUCGCAAUCAAUAUUUUGAGGUUAACGUAACCAAAGGUGACACACAGACACAUCGAAUUGCUAUCAGUUCAAGUUGUAACAUAAACAUUACAUUAUUACAGUACCAGCUCUAAUUUCGAGUUAGUUAUAGUUUGCAAGUUGAAGUAGGAGUAGUUGCAAUUUGAAAUGGAAGUAAAAAUCAGCAAGCCCUGCUCGACCUCGAACCUUUGCAACUUUUGAUCAGACAUAGCAUCACAAGGAGGCUUUUCAGUCCAGGUGGCUUCUUUGCUCAUUCUGGUAUCCUCUCACGAAAAUGAGUAAAGUCCCAAGAGCUUCUUCAUUCAAAGCGCGGCGAAAAAGUGCUCGAAAACAAUCAACGUCGUUACGUGAUUCAACCAAGGAAGCAGCCAGGAGCAAGGCCCAACAAAAUGCGACCGCCAACAAGAAAACUGGAUUUGAGUGUAGUACGGCUCCCGGAGGACCCCCAGUAUACCCCUACCAGAAGCCGAAAUGGUGGGUACCUGCUUUCGGCUAUUUACCAGUGAUAAUCGGUGUCGCUUUGCUGUCCCUUGCACUGCCCGCAUCAUUUUUCAUGGAGAUCGUUUUUCUUCACGCGUUUUUAUGGGCAAUAGGCGCAGUAUUCUUCAUGAAGCUGGUGUUGUAUUUCACGUGCGCGGACGGGGAGGACUUCAACAUGGUACUGUUGUACGGAUUUUCAAUUCGUUUUUGUUAUUAAGUUUCAUGUACAUGUUCGUGUGUUGCUGUUUGUUUCUUGCUUGUUGUCUCAAUUUUUGAAAUGCAAAGAAUAAUCGGUGACGGAGCCUACUUGCUGGAUGCUCUACAAACAAGUACGCCUCGUAUAUACACUUUAUUGCAGCUCGAUCCACGCGACGGAAGCAGUCUCGCGUGGAGUUUUAACGUCGCGUGUGGACGAUCGGCGGCGUAUGUCACUUUUCUAGUAUUGUGGUUUAGUUCGUUCCUGUUUCCGACAUCGGAAUCUUCUACUUUGGGGGAACUCAUUACAAGACGCAGCGCAGCCUGGGCACGACCGAAGGACGCUGAGGUGGAUGUGGCGACCUACUGCGAACGACACGCGAGUACGAGUUCUUACAAAGAAGAUGGCUCAGUCGCAGUGGCCUGGAGCGUGAUAGAACGUCCAUGCCAGUACCUGGACGAGCUGCCUCAAUUUUCCGGGAAGGCCUUUUCGUGGCCUUUUUCGUUUUCCGGCGUGACCGAUUUCGUGCUACGAAAAUACGCAGUCUCGCAUACCAUGCUAUUAAAACCUGGAGAGGGAGCAAUACCAUCGUUGUCAUCGAUUGCUGACGUGGCCACUAGCGAUGCGUACCAGCGCUUCGAGGUCACAGCCUUUGCGCUUCUCAUCGGGCUCAUGCUGUCAGAUACCUGGACCUACUACAAAGUGCCCAGGCUCUACCAUGACACCACGCUUAUCCUUCAUCACAUCGUGUCGGUGUCGGGUCCGCUUUGCGCGAUCUGGUAAGCAUCCUUUUUUGGUUUGUUGAAAUCGUGUGGCAAUGUGUAUGGAACGUGUAGGAAUAUGUAGGUCUGGAUCACCUCGAACUCACUGGUCGAUACCUGAGCUUCACUGGUUUCUUUUGAUGGUAUUUUGAAACUCAGUUUUUAGUCUUUUUCUUGCUCCACUCUCAGGACGAAUUGCCGCGGUCUGAUUUUUCUCGCUUUCGUUGUUAUCGUUGCGGAGGCUGGUACGUUUCUGUAUUGUCUCGGUUGGGUCAAGCGAAGCGAUCGGAAGUGGAGCCAAAUAACGCGGUUGGCUUUUCGAUACGGUAUGACACUUUCGAACAUGGGCAUGGCUGCUUGCUGGAUUUCGUUUUUGUGGUGCAAUUCCCCAUGCCCACCUGUACUAACAACGCUGGUUUUCAGUGCGGCAAUCUGCGGCCUUCUCCAGGGGCGCCAGCAGUUUAUGAUCGACAGUUGUCGGAAGUGGGCUAAGCUUAAGACUAGCUGAAGCUGAAAAUAUGAUUGCAUAAAAUAGUACAGUCGAAGUAGUCUUCUCCUCGUAUACAGGUACUUGAGAAGUCAAAGUACUUUAUAGAAGUUACUUUAAUUCAUACAUAGUGCUCGUGACGUGAAUGGUUAUGGUGUCAAACAUGAUUGAAAAACACUCAUAUUUUUGAAGUCAUGUAAAUGAAAUUGAAAUUUAGAAAAAUUCCGUGUUGUAUGCUGAGCUAAAUCACCCCCCUCUUCCCAUGAAUCUGCUUAUUUCCCCUCCUCAUAAGCAUACCUACGGGACAAAGUUCCUCAGUAUGUGGUGUCAUGCAUAGUAUAGAUACCUCUUCGCUUUCAUCUUUCCAUGAAUACAUGCAAACUUUCAAUUCAUUUGUUGUAAAUCCGGAUGGUUCGCAUAUGCAUUAAAGCAGAUGCAGGGAUAGUGUAGUUUUCGUAGUUUCCUCUGCAUACUGAAGAUUCACCAAUAAUAUGUGCUUUGUAAUUUUCCAUGCUUAUAUAUGAUAAUGCUUUCCUUUUCAUCCUCCGACAUUUCUUCUAUCUUAGUCUCCCCCAAGUAGAUUCCUGUGCUAGGUAGAAAGUACCCGCAGUGUCCACGAGGACAUCCAACCAUCUGAAGAACAAGGGCCACCCACGUUGCGCCAAAGCUUGCUCGUGCGCGCCACGCACCACAUGCAUAUGAUCUAAACAGAUUCUAUUCCGUGGAGGACCGUUUGUCCGUGUUUCCGCGAUUGCAGUUUAGUAAUACGAGAGCAUAAUUUGUG